AUGGCAGAGCUUAAGGAUCAGGUGGACACGGCGAUGACACGCUAUCGGACGCUGCAGGACGAGGUGCAAGUACUGGCGACACAACGACAGACAUACGCACAACAAGCGAAUGAGAAUGAUAUGGUGAAGAAGGAACUGGAGUUGUUGGAUGACGAAGCCAAAGUGUACAAACUUGUGGGUCCUGUGCUACUCAAGCAGGAUGUUGACGAGGCCAAGACGAACGUCAAUAAACGUCUUGAGUUUAUUAAUAACGAACUCGACAAAGUGACUACGAAGAUUGAGGCCAAGGAGAAGGAAGCUGUCGGCAUUCGUACCAAUAUCUCGACCAUGCAAAUGGAGAUGCAGAAACGUGCUGCAGAAGCUGCUAAGGGUGCGAUUGCGACUCACUAG